GAGGUUCUUCCAACCAUGUCUUCUUCUUCUCUCGAUGCCGAAGAGCAGCAAUACCAGGAUGAGGUUGCCGCCAUCAAGCAAUGGUGGACCUCGCCUCGCUGGAGAUACACCAAGCGUCCUUUCACCGCUGAGGAGAUUGCAAACAAGCGUGGAAACUUGAUGAUUCAGCACCCAAGCAACGCCCUUUCCAAGAAGUUGUGGGACAUUGUCGAGAAGAGAUUUGCCAAAGAUGCUAGUUUCACCUAUGGAUGUCUCGACCCCGUCAUGGUCACACAAAUGGCCAAGUACCUCGACACCGUCUACGUCUCUGGCUGGCAAAGUUCCUCGACCGCAUCAUCCACAGACGAACCCGGACCAGAUCUUGCGGACUACCCCUACACAACCGUCCCAGACAAGGUCCAACAUCUUUUCAUGGCUCAGCUUUUCCACGACCGCAAGCAACGCCAUGAAAGACUCUCGACCNCCGCUUCCGAACGCAAGAACCUCGCCAACACUGACUUCCUACGCCCGAUCGUUGCUGAUGCCGACACUGGUCACGGUGGCCUCACAGCCAUCAUGAAGCUCACAAAGCUCUUUAUCGAGAAAGGUGCCGCAGGCAUUCAUAUUGAAGAUCAAGCUCCUGGAACGAAAAAGUGUGGACACAUGGCUGGUAAGGUACUUGUACCUAUCAGCGAACACAUUAACCGUCUUGUCGCCAUUCGUGCCCAAGCAGACAUCAUGGGCAGUGACCUCCUCGCCGUUGCCCGUACAGACUCGGAAGCCGCAACCCUCAUCACAUCAACCAUCGACCCCCGUGACCACGCCUUCAUUGUCGGCGCCACAAACCCCGCCCUUCAACCCCUCAGCGAACUCAUGGGUGCUGCCGAGGCAGCAGGCAAAUCCGGCGAAGAGCUUCAAGCCAUCGAAGAUACAUGGACCGAACAAGCCCAUCUCAAGCUCUUCUCCGAAGCUGUCGUCGACACCAUCAACGCUGGUGUCCAUGUCAACAAGGCCGAGUUGAUUGCACAAUUCACCGAACAGGCCAAAGGCAAGUCCAACGCCGAAUCUCGCGCUAUUGCCAAGGCUCUUACUGGCGUCGACGUUCACUUCGACUGGGAGUCCGCCCGCACACGAGAGGGCUACUACCGCUACCGCGGCGGUUGCCAAUGCGCCGUCAACCGCGCCAUCGCCUACGCACCCUACUGUGACAUGAUCUGGAUGGAGUCCAAGUUGCCCGACUACGCCCAAGCCGAAGAGUUUGCAACCGGCGUGCAUGCCGUCUGGCCUGAGCAAAAGCUCGCCUACAACCUCUCGCCCUCUUUCAACUGGCAGACUGCCAUGAGCACUUCCGACCAGGAAACCUACAUCAAGCGUCUGGCUAAGCUCGGCUACUGCUGGCAAUUCAUUACUUUGGCUGGCUUGCACCAAACAGCUUUGAUCGCCGAUUCGUUCAGCAAAGACUAUGCUGCUCGUGGUAUGCGCGCUUACGGCGAAACCAUCCAGAGCAAAGAAGAAGCAAAUGGUGUAGAGGUUCUUAAGCAUCAGAAAUGGUCUGGAGCUAAUUAUGUCGAUGAGUUGCUUAAGAUGGUCUCGGGCGGUGUGUCUAGUACUGCUGCCAUGGGCAAGGGAGUCACAGAAGACCAAUUCAAGGCUGUUUCCCGUCCAGGCGAGAGUGGCUACAAAGCCGAGGAAAACCAUUGA